AUGGUGGGAGGCAGGGCGGCCACCGCCGUGGAGGAGCUGGUCUUGGGUGUGCGGCAGGCGGCUGUCUUCGCCGAGCAGUUCCGCUCCUACGUGGAGAGCAAGAAAGCCCGCAUGGAAUUCAUCCCGCACCACCUUCCCGACUACCGCGACCCGCCCCGGGGUGGCGGCCGCCUGGACCAGCUGCUGCCCCUCUCCAUGGUGUGGGCCAACCACCUCUUCCUGGGCUGCAGUUACAAUAAAGACCUUCUAGACAAGGUGAUGCAAAGGGCAGAUGGAGGUGAAGUGGAAGACCUGCCACACUUUACUACCAGAAGUGAAUUAAUAAAAAAGCAUCAAAGCUAAGGCAGAAGAUUUAGCGCAUCUCCAUCA